UCCUGAAGCGCGGGGAAGGGAGGGCGGGAGGAGGCUGGUUCUCGCCUCUCGGAGCCUCUCCGCCCCCCUCCUGCCCCUCUCUCUCUAUCUGCCUCUCUCCCAAGUUUGCCGCUGUGCCGCGGCGCCCUCGGAGCGGGUGCUGCGGGCUGGCGCUGCCCGGCUCCCGGCGCUGCCCGGGACGGCGGCGAGCCGAGGGAAGGGCCCGCCGCCCCCGGGGAAGGCUCGGCUCCGGGGAGCCGCGGCGGGAGGCGGCUGGCACGGACGCCGGAGCUCCGCCGCCCACCCCCCGGCAGCGCCGCAGUCCGCCCAGCGCCGGCAGCCCCGGGAGAUGGUGACACAUGAAGCGUGCGGGAAGGACCAUGGUUGAGAGGACCAGCAAGUUCUUGCUGAUCGUGGCCGUCUCGGUGUGCUUCAUGCUUAUCCUGUACCAGUACGUGGGGCCGGGGCUGAGCCUGGGUUCCCCCAGCGGCCGCUCCUACUCGGAGGAGCUGGACCUGUUUCCCACGCCGGACCCGCACUACGUGAAGAAGUAUUACUUCCCCGUGCGGGAGCUGGAGCGGGAGCUCGCCUUCGACAUGAAGGGCGAGGACGUGAUCGUCUUUCUGCACAUCCAGAAGACGGGCGGCACCACCUUCGGCCGCCACCUGGUGCAGAACGUGCGGCUGGAGGUGCCCUGCGACUGCCGGCCCGGGCAGAAGAAGUGCACCUGCUACCGGCCCAACCGCAGGGAGACCUGGCUCUUCUCGCGCUUCUCCACGGGCUGGAGCUGCGGGCUGCACGCCGACUGGACCGAGCUCACCAACUGCGUGCCCGGCGUGCUGGACCGCCGGGAGAGCGCCGCGGCCAAGACUCCCCGAAAAUUUUACUACAUCACACUGCUGAGAGACCCCGUAUCCCGUUACCUCAGCGAGUGGCGUCACGUCCAGCGAGGAGCUACGUGGAAAACCUCCCUGCACAUGUGUGAUGGCAGGACACCGACUCCUGAGGAGCUGCCCUCGUGCUACGAGGGCACGGACUGGUCAGGCUGCACGCUGCAGGAGUUCAUGGACUGCCCCUACAACCUGGCCAACAACCGCCAGGUGAGGAUGCUGGCCGACCUGAGCCUGGUGGGCUGCUACAACAUGUCCUUCAUCCCGGAGAACAAGCGAGCGCAGAUCCUGCUGGAGAGCGCCAAAAAGAACCUCAAAGACAUGGCCUUCUUCGGCCUGACAGAGUUCCAGAGAAAGACUCAGUACCUGUUUGAGAGGACUUUCAACCUGAAGUUCAUCCGGCCCUUCAUGCAGUACAACAGCACGCGGGCGGGCGGCGUGGAGGUGGACAACGACACCAUCCGCAGGAUCGAGGAGCUCAACGAGCUGGACAUGCAGCUCUAUGACUAUGCAAAGGACCUCUUCCAGCAGCGCUACCAGUACAAGAGGCAGCUGGAGAGGAUGGAGCAGAGGAUAAAGAACCGGGAGGAGAGGCUCCUCCACCAGUCCAACGAAGCGCUUCCCAAGGAAGAGACCGACGAGCAGGGACGUUUGCCCACUGAGGACUACAUGAGCCAUAUUAUAGAGAAGUGGUAGCCUAGGCAGACUUUUAUAUCAAUGAUAUUCUAGGGUUUCCAUAUAAGAGAGCGUGGAAGUAAAAUUACAGAACAACGAGAAAUAUUUUAUUUAAAAAACGAGUCUGUAAAACAGAAGAUAGGUUGCUUCCUUAAGCAUAGGGUCUUUUUACUGUUUCUUACAAGACCGAUGAGAUUCUUAAAAAAAAAAAAAUAAAUACAUAAAAAUAAAAAGUGGUCAACAUUCUAAUGCAGAGAUAAAAAAUGCACAAAUGCAGUUACCCCACUCAUAAGGCCAAAUACAGAAGAAUGUUUCUUAUCCUCACGAUUUUAACUCAAAUGGCAGAAGUAGGAUUUUUUAAAAUCUGUUUAUCCCCUGAGCGUAAUGAUCUAAAGAUACAUAAUUGAAAAUACAAGGAAACAGAGGUUUUCUUUUAUGGGGGAGGUGGGAUGGGAGUUGCAUUGUUUGUCAGUAACUGAUGAUGGUGACUAAGUUGAGGAUGGGCCAUCCUGUCAGGCUGGGAUCUGAGCACACAGUCACAGCAUUUCAGCUGGCAGCCACUGCCAGAAAGAAGAGCACUAUAAAAAAUAAAUAAAGAAAACCAGUCAGAGGAUGAGAAACAUUAAAGCAAAUGGACUGUGGCCUGGGAAAUGUAUCACAUAUACAUACACAGCUUCAUCACAAAAAUAAUAGGGAAUUCAUACACAAAACUCCCAGAUUCGUUUCCCAGACAGGUCCCAAAACAAGUUAAAAGCCAACCAUAGACUCAAACCUGCAUUCACAUGUUAUCCUGUCAACUUACACCACUACCACUCAAGCCACCAUCAGUACUGUGUGUUAGCAGCACAUGAAAACCCUAUCCUACAUACUACCAAAAAAAAAGGAAGAAAAAAUUAAAUAUUCCUUCAUAAAUCCGCACAAAAUUCAGCCCCUGCCAAUGAAAAGUCAUUAAUGGGAAUGUGAUGAGGGGGUGAUUUUGUUUUGUUUGUUGCUAUUUGAAAUACUGACCCAGAAUAAGCAUACAGACCUACUCUUGCUGUAUUAUUUCUGUUAUUUUUACUUGCUUUUAUCAAGAGGUAAUGGGCAUCAGCCUGCUUCCAGUGAAGCCACUAGAACUGAUUUAAGUGGGAACAGGAUGGGGCUCUCUUCCAGAGCUGUGAAAAUUUCUGACUAUGGGUCUGAAUUAAUUAUGAGACAGUGCACAUUGUCUUUUGGCAGAGUGCCUGUUGUGCAGCCCUUCCUUUAAAUGAGCAAGCUGUGUUCAUAAAACUGGAAAGGGGAGUCAUGGAUGGUGUUUUUAUAGUCUCAGACCACUCUCAAAGCAGGACUCUUUCUCAUUCAAUGCUGUUUUUUAGGGCCUCAUGUAAGUUUAAUCCUCCAGUGUGGGGACAGUCUAACCAGGUUCUGCUCACAGACUUUUGAGUCAUGGAACAACAAUGACUUCUCUAAUUCCUCUUCCCACUUGUCAAAUUAAAAUAUGGCUUAUUUUUUUGCUGUUGCAAGCACUUCUUUGUUUGGCUGGAAGCAUGGAAAUGAAGUAGUUUUGCCUGGUUCAUGUCUCACUCCGAUAUUACUCAGCCUGUAAGACCUGAACCAGCUAUUGUUUAGGGUAAACUCUGAACCAAAUGGAAUAUGAUUUGAUUUUCAAAGGCCACGUUAACUGCAAAUCAAAUAUGGCAUUGAAAUCACUGGAGGAGAGGCAGGGAACUGAUGCACUCAACUUUAGCAUUUCAUUUUUACAGCAUCCCUUUUCUAUCGCACAAAUCCACUGAUGUGCUGCUUGGUUUGUAUUUUAAUUCUUUCUCUGCCUCUGUGCUCUGUUUCCAGCAGUUUCAAGUUCAGACUGAGUUUGACUCAGUCAAAGUUCAGACUGAGUUUGACUGAGUCAAAGGAGGAGCUUCUUUAUUCUCCUGUGCACACCCUGGGGGAUACACCUUGCUUUUGGAGACUUUCUUCUCCUGAAGAGUAAAGACAGCAGAAAACUUGAGAAAAUACAAAGAGCACUUGGGGCUCAAAUACAAUUCUGUUACAGCCCUGAGCCAAAGUCCACCAGAGUCAGAGGAUGUCUUUCCUGUUGGUGUCAGGUGGAUUUUGGUCAGGUCUGCAUCCUGCUGCUGCAAAGUGCACGAGCACACCCUGGCCUGUCUGCAGGCACACAGGACAUUGUCACCCACACGUUUGGCUGGUACCAGGAUGUGCCAUAAGCAUUCCCUCCUGGAUGAAAAUUGGGAAGCAAAAUGAAGCAGUGUUUGGUGGUUGGCUCAGGGGCAGAGAAGGUAUUACAAGUCCAUUUGCUCAUGUCUGAAUUCCAAGGCUGGGAGAAGCUGUGUCUGCUAGCUGCCAGCACUUUUACGUUUUGCUGUAACUAAAGAAAACAUUUGCAUUUUAAAAAUGCAACUUUGCAGGCUGUUUACCCACAAAACCAGCACGUGAGAUAUAAAAAGCAGCUGUUGUACAUGCACAGUUUCCACCUUUCCCCAGAAGCUUUCCAGGGUGUGUCCUGUGUCAUGGAUCCAUAAGUGGUUCCUGCAGCUAAUCCCUGUUUGAGCCCACUGCUGGGACUGUGUGUGAUUAACACCAGCACUGUGAUCAGGCUGUGUCUGCCUGGGCUGUGCCUGUGUUACAGGCUCUGAGUAACCAGCUGGGUGUUAAUGAAUCUGUCUGCAGGGUUGUCUACAUCAGAAGUAGCCUCUGACCUUAGAACCAUGUCAGUAGAAGACCUUGUUCCCACAGUUUCUUUGUAAUGUGUUGCAGCAACGAGCAGAAGAAAUGAAAUUAUAUUGAAAAUUGUCUUUGUUUAACAGUUUUGUUUCAACCACAAAAGGAGGGCUGACCUCACUUAGUACUGAGGUGGAAGUUUCUAGAUUUAAAUCCUGCACCCAGCAAAUGCCUCGGUUCUUCCACCUCUACACUGGGAGUAACAAAUUUAUGGACUCUAAAAGGUAUGAAAAGUAUAGGGCACUUUGAAACAGAUUCUGAGUAAUGGAAAUGAACAGAAUCACCCAAAAGCCAUUCCUCACCCUGGCUGCUGUGCAGGUCUGCUUCUGGCUGUAAGCCAAGUGUUAAUUUAUUUUAAGUGCUGUGUACCAGAACAUGGGUUGCUGGACAUAUCUGGCACUAUCUUCUUCCUUGAGUGGGUGCAAGGGAACUUUUUUAACAUAAUGUGAAUGUAGUUUUUUUGUGAUUUAUAUGUACCACUCUUCGAAGUGGUCCUAUUUCUUUUCUUUUUAGGACUGAUAUUUUGAUGCUACAAUAACAUGAAAAGUGUGUGUGUAGUUUUAAAAUGAAUGGAGAGCAACAGCUUUAAGGCACUCUGGCAGAAGUAGUGGCCAGAUAGUAGAUUCUUGUUCAAUAUCUGCCCCUUUCUUCCAAAAUGUUUUUCCUGUGACUUCCAGACACACCAAGACGUUCUCCAGUACUUGAAGUGUUUCUUCAGGGGGUCUGUGCAUCAUGGUCCAGGUCAGGUCAAGAGAGUGCAGGCAGGUGCAAGACUGGAUUUGUCUCUUAGGGACUUUGUGACUUCUUAGGGCUAAGAAGUCAAUUUGCUUUUAGUCACCUAAACAGUGUAAGCAUCACUGCUUGGUGGAUGUUGUUGCUGAAGAAAACAUUUUCUUGCUGAUUUGUCUCAUCCUAGUUAGCUCUGUUGAAGGAGUUUGCCUCAUGCAAAGUUUUCCAGACAGUCAGGUGCCACCGUGUGCCCUGUGCAGGUCACAAAAUGCAGGAUUGGAUGGUGAGGUUGCCAGCCCAGGCUGUCACAGGGUUCAAAGUCAUAAACAAAAAAGAAAAAGUCAGCAAAGGAUCAGUGUGAAUUUCUGGCUUUCUGAAUUUCUCCCUUUAUGCCCAACAUUUUGGAAUAAAUUAGGAGCACUUCAGUUAAUGUUUUUUGCACCCUUACUUGCUUACAAAACUGGCAUGACAAUGAAAGCAGCAUAAGAAAGAUCCCAAUAAGCUUUUGAUUCUUUUCUCCCACGGCUGUCCUGUUCUAGAGCAAAAAAGAGCAGUGCAGUGGCUGAGAGUGUGACCAAGGCAGAAGGAGUCCCCAGUGGCAGUACAAUUAUAAUUAAUUAUAAUCAAGUCACUUCACAGAGAGCAGUGAGCAGCCACAGAGGUGAUGAUAACAUCACAGCACAGGACCUGAGCCAGGUUCAUAUCUUGGGGUUUAAAAGCAUCUCUAGUGUCUCACUGGUGUUACCCAGACCCCCUCCUGUCCCACAGACUGUUCCAGUCAUCACAAAAAGGGGGAGCACUGCAGGAAUUCAUCACCCAAACUGUGCUUCAUACUUGUUCCCAGAGCUAGAGCUUGGCAUGCAGCUGACACUGCCUGCUGGAUUCCAAACACAGGGAUGGCUGCAUUCUCUUUUUAUUCUUGUUUUCACUUCCACUAUUAGCAGAUGAUGUUCCAGAGGCAGAAGUGAACAUGGGAUUCACUGCCUGAUCAGGAGCAUUCCAAGCCUUUAUAGCACAGCUCAGGUGAACCAGGGCACGGUCCCAGCUAUCCAUGGCUGUUUGCUUUACCCAUCCACAAGAACUCUGCCAAGGUGAAUGCAGCCCUGAUAAGCACAUGGGUGUUAAAGCCUGUGUUGUCCCAGCUCUGUAAUUCUUAGCCAUGCAAGCUGAAAAAAACCAAGAUUUGCAAAUGAAUCUGUCUCCUCAGAGCCUCACAAUUCCCCCUCCCUGUUCAAUUCCCCCAGGUGUCAAUUCUGGAGACUGGAUUGAGAGAGUUGUACUAUAAUGAAUAAUUUUAUAUUCAAAAGGUUUACUGAGCAUGAUUUGUUUUGUACAUAUUGGAAUAUGAUUUAACUUAUUUUUAUUGCCCCUUUUAAUCUUUUUUUUUCCCAUAAGGAGAAGACAGAAAUCCCCAUCCUCUCUCAGUGUGAAGUUCCUGUGUGUUUAUGUGAAGUCUGCCAGUCAAACACGCCACAGGCAGAGGAUUUCUCACCGUCCCUACAGCUAUCAGAUUUUGUUUUCAUUGUCAUUUCUAUUCAUCUGGGACUUUGCAUAUAUUGUCUCUUCUUUCCUCUCUGCUACACAGUCUGCACAGAGCAGGGAAAGGGCAAUGCAGGCAGGAUUUUAUUUUUCUUCCUUUCUUGUGUGCUUUGCUUCCCAAGGAACUCAGUUCCUCUAGGAGUUGUGUGACUGAGGGUAAAAAAAUACAACUGUCCCCCCACCUGCCUUCCAUCCUCCAUACUGUAGAUCAAUCAGAUUCAGCUUCUCUGAAAGUGAUUGUGGCUGGACUCAUUCCAUUGGGCUGAAUGUGUAUGGUUUGCACUUUCCCCCCCACUUCAGGAACUUAAAAACAACAGAAAAUAAAAGGCAACUGUUUAACUUGAGCCGAGUAACACUUAAAGCUUUAUAUAUUUAUUUAUAGCAUCUUACAAAAAGUGUUAAAAGGUUUUUUCUUCCACAAGAAAAAUAAAAUUUUAAAAAAUCAUCUAAUUGUUUUUGUCUGGAUCAAGGAUGAAUGUUAGCAGAUGAAAUAAACCCUAAAAUUGA